UGCUCAUCGCAGGCGUAGGCCUCCUUUCUUCAAACUCUCCACUACCUUCAAAGCUUGUUGCCUUAUGUGGCUCGCCGAGGUCCUCAUAGGUAACAAUUAUUCCUAUACACAUCCAUGAUGCCCUAGUCGUCACUAGUCGAACAUGACUAAAUUCAUACAGUAUCGUAAUGCGCCGAUGUAGAAAUCAGUAAAAAUAAAACGUCAGCCGCAAGAGAACGGAAUAGAAGAAUGUCAACAAAAAUGAAAGAUGUAGAUAAUAAUUUGCCGUUGCCUUCCGAUCGAAUGCCCAACUGUUGGAACGAAGAUGAAAGAAUGAGUUCUCUGUUCGCCCCGUUCCGAAGCAAAUCUGCCAAUCCGCAAGAUUGGACGUCGAAAUACAAGUUUUGGAAAAAUUUAAUAUACGACUGGUUAGAUCAUAACAAGAGGACUACGUUCUCCCUCGCAGACUUGAACGAUGCUUUUAAAAGAAAAGGUUGCACGCCGCUUUGCUUGAUGACCGUCGUCGAGGAACUCGUUCGGAAUAAUGAAAUUACUCGAGAAAUCGAGUUUUUAAAAGAACCUAGCGAAUCAUGGACCGCAUGGUCGAUCGAUAUAUUUGUCAAGAAGCCGAUCUCAUGGUCGUUUUCUAAAGUCAAGAGUUACAUCGUGAGCGACGAGCUCGACAAGAAUGCUAGAUAUGUACAUUUACAAAUUGUCAAAGAGAUUAGCAACGCUUUGUUGCCCGUCUUGGAGGAGAGAAAGGAAUCUGUUCUCAUACCGUUCUCUGACAUAGUGAAAAGUUGUAGAUCUAAGAUAAGCGACAAUAUAUCGGAGAAUACAGUAAUGUUAGCUUUAUUAUGGUUGAGACGUGAGAAGAGAGUGAUUUUUAAAACCAGUCAAGACCAAAGUGAGUUGUUAAUAAAAAUUGCUGUACAUUCGUCGGACAGUGUAACAGAGAUUGAGGAAGGCUUGUAUAAACUGAUUAAACAGGAGAGCGAGCUUGUAAAAGAAAUAGAGCAAAUGGAAGCAGAGAAGGUGAAGGUGAUUGACACGGCUAAAGCGUGUCUGAGCAAGGGAUUGCGACAAGUGGCGAAGACCCACUUGAGGAAGAAGAGAGAAUUAGAGAAUGUUAUUGAGAAACAGUCGCGAAAUCUCGACAACAUUCGAAGUCUCAUAUCGACCAUUCAAAACAGUCAUACGAAUACCGCUGUAUUGUCGGCAUACAGAACAGGGUCGAAUGUACUGAAGAAACUGAACGAAAGCGGUUUAUCGGAAUUGAACGUCGGAGAUAUCAUGGACGAUCUCGCAGUGGCCUUGGAGGAACAGAAGGAGGUACAAUCUAUGUUGACAGAACCUCUCGUCGACAACGAAUUGAACAUUGAUUUAGAAGAAGAAUUGGCAGAAUUAAUGAAACUCGAUGAGAAUCCUCUCCCCUCUGUACCCGAUACGAGCUUGAAUUCUAGCAUCGACGAGCUCGAAAUGAAUUUGAAGAAUUUACAAGUCAAAGAAACUGUCGCAUCGAACGCGUCAUCGAAAUCGGAUAAGAGCGUUGGCAGUAAAAAGAUAUUGGCACAAGCCGAGUAGGUGGGAGAUGGACAAUGUGAACAAAAGGUUCGUCUUUCUGUGAUACUCCUACGGUAUAUUUUUAUCGCGUACAUUUUAAAAUAAUAAUAAUAUUACGGACUGUUUGCGUGUGAUACGUUGGAAAUCGUGUUUUGUAAUAGAAUCAUGCUCGAAUCAAAGUAUUUUUAAACAAUUUGAACAUACAGAAUUUUAUAAAUAUAUUUAAAAAGUAUCUUAUUUAAGAUUUGCGUGUAUCAAAGACUUGUCGUUUAUAAGUUUUCAACAUAUAAAUACAGUAUCACCCACUUCUCAUUAAACGUAACUAAUACCAUUGUCGUUUGAUUAGUUGAGCAAUGUGACAAAUAGUUUGAUGAUAGGCAAUGGAAAUGAAUAUAAUAACGAUGAAGUGAA